UCUUCUUAUCUGAGCGCUGCUGCUGCUGUGUGUAUGUGUGUGCGUGUCUCCCCACGGUGUCCCUCAGCUGCUUCUCCGGAUCAUGGCGCUCCCGACGCGCUGCUUGUUGCUGCUGUUGCUGCUCGCGAGCUUCGGCGCGGUUUCUGCAGCCACCGAGUGGGACGCGGCGGACACGAGCUUGUACGCCGAGGUGGUGAUGAGUUCUACAGAAGCGAUCGACUACAAAGACCCGUGCAAAGCCGUGGCCUAUCUGGGGGACAUAGCGCUAGAUGAAGAGGACAUGCGCAUGUUUAAAGUGGACCGCAUUAUUGAUGUCGUCCAGAAAACGGUGAUAAACCUCAACCGCACAGACACAGGUGGAUUAGCCAACGACACGAACCCGAACGCUGCCAGGUCCAAUCAGCAGACCUCACAGCGCAGGAAGCGAGCAGCGACGUCCCGCCCUGAGAGGGUGUGGCCCGAGGGUGUAAUCCCUUAUGUCAUAAGCGGCAACUUUAGUGGCAGUCAAAGGGCCAUAUUCAGGCAGGCGAUGAGACACUGGGAGAAACACACUUGUGUGACGUUCAUCGAGAGAACCACAGAGGACAGCUACAUCGUCUUCACCUACCGGCCGUGUGGGUGUUGCUCGUAUGUGGGCCGCAGGGGAGGAGGACCCCAGGCCAUUUCCAUUGGUAAAAACUGUGACAAGUUUGGAAUUGUGGUGCAUGAGCUUGGUCAUGUGAUUGGAUUCUGGCACGAGCACACGCGGCCGGACCGAGAUGACCAUGUCAGCAUUAUACGGGACAACAUUCAGCCUGGACAGGAGUACAACUUCUUGAAGAUGGAACCUGGUGAGGUGGACUCUCUUGGUGAAGUCUAUGACUUUGACAGCAUCAUGCACUACGCUAGAAAUACGUUUUCCAGAGGGAUUUUCCUGGACACCAUUCUCCCACGGUACGACAUAAACGGCGUCCGUCCCCCCAUCGGCCAGAGAACCAGACUGAGCAAAGGAGACAUCGCGCAGGCACGCAAACUUUACAAGUGUCCAAGAUGUGGAGACAGUCUGCAGGACAGCAGCGGGAACUUCUCCUCUCCCGGUUUCCCCAACGGCUACUCGGCGUACAUGCACUGUAUCUGGAGAAUCUCAGUCACACCAGGCGAAAAGAUCAUUCUCAAUUUCACUUCCAUGGAUCUCUAUCGGAGUCAUCUGUGCUGGUAUGAUCACGUGGAGAUCCGAGAUGGAUACUGGAGGAAAGCCCCGCUUAAAGGUCGAUUCUGUGGAGACAAGCUUCCUGAGCCGAUCAUUUCGACAGACAGUCGUUUGUGGAUCGAGUUCAGGAGCAGCAGCAACUGGGUGGGCAAAGGUUUCUCAGCUGUGUAUGAAGCGAUCUGUGGUGGUGAAGUGAAGAAGGAUAAUGGGCAGAUACAGUCUCCGAACUACCCAGAUGACUACAGACCCAAUAAAGUCUGUGUGUGGAAGAUCACUGUUGCUCAGGGCUACCAUGUAGGCCUCACCUUCCAGUCCUUUGAAAUUGAGAGGCAUGACAGCUGUGCUUAUGACUAUCUCGAGGUCCGUGAUGGGAGCUCGGAAAACAGCCCGCUGCUGGGCCGCUUCUGCGGAUACGACAAGCCAGAUGAUAUCAAGAGCAGCUCGAACCAGCUGUGGAUGAAGUUUGUGUCCGAUGGCUCAGUCAACAAAGCUGGGUUCGCUGCCAACUUCUUCAAAGAGAUGGAUGAAUGUUCAAGGCCAGACAAUGGUCGCUGUGAGCAACGCUGUGUAAACACACUCGGCAGUUAUAAGUGUGCAUGUGAUCCAGGCUUUGAGCUGGCCGCAGACAAACGAAGCUGUGAGGCUGCAUGCGGUGGCUUCAUCACCAAGCUGAACGGCUCCAUCACGAGUCCCGGCUGGCCGCGUGAGUACCCGCCAAACAAGAACUGCGUCUGGCAGUUGGUGGCGCCCACGCAGUACCGGAUCACGCUGCUUUUCGAUGUCUUCGAGACCGAGGGCAAUGAUGUGUGCAAGUACGAUUUUGUAGAGGUCAGAAGUGGACUUUCUGCAGACUCCAAGCUACACGGGAAGUUCUGUGGAGCCGAGAAGCCGGAGACCAUCACGUCUCAGUACAACAACAUGCGCAUCGAGUUCAAGUCGGACAACACGGUCUCCAAGAAGGGUUUUAAGGCGCAGUUCUUCUCAGAUAAGGAUGAGUGCUCGAAGGAGAACGGUGGCUGCCAACAUGAGUGUGUGAACACCUUCGGUAGCUACAGCUGCCAGUGCAGGAGUGGCUUUGUCCUGCACGAAAAUAAACACGACUGCAAAGAGGCCGGCUGUGAUCACACCGUGAACAGUGUGAGUGGAACCAUCACCAGUCCCAACUGGCCUGAUAAAUACCCCAGUAAAAAAGCGUGCACAUGGGCUCUCUCCACCACACCGGGACAUCGCAUCAAAAUCGCUUUCAAUGAACUCGACAUGGAGCCUCAUUUAGAAUGUGCAUACGACCACAUUGAGAUCUACGACGGACGCGAUGGGAAGGCGCCCAGCCUCGGACGCUACUGCGGCUCCAAGAAACCUCCUCCGGUCACAUCAACCGGGAACAAAAUGUUCAUUCGGUUCUUCUCUGACAACUCCGUGCAAAAGAAAGGAUUCGAGGCGUCGCAUACUGCAGAGUGCGGAGGUCAGUUGAAAGCUGAGGUGAAAACCAAAGACCUCUACUCACACGCCCAGUUUGGCGACAACAACUACCCCGGUGCGUCGGAUUGCCAGUGGGUGAUCUCAGCUGAGAAGGGCUACGGUGUUGAGCUCAUCUUCCAGACGUUUGAGAUCGAAGAGGAAGCCGACUGCGGUUAUGACUACAUGGAGCUGUUCGAUGGAGCCGACACCAAGGCUCCAAGGCUCGGCCGCUACUGUGGAUCAGGGCCUCCUGAGGAGAUCUACUCAGCCGGCGACUCCAUCGUCAUUAAGUUCCGGUCAGAUGACACCAUCAACAAGAAGGGCUUCCACGUGCGCUACACCAGCACCAAGUUCCAGGACACGCUGCACUCACGGAAGAAGUGACCCCUAGUGGCCGGGAGGGGCCGCGCAGGGCCCAGGGGGAGGAGUCGAGGCGCCAGGCGGAGGGCACAACCCGUCGCUCGGAGCCCCCCGGCCGCCAAUGCCAGCCGCAAGAACGAUGCCAACCGCACCUCAGUAGCUCGCAGGGGCUCUGGCGCCCCCUACUGACUGUGAGGAGUAAAGCCAUUCCGCAGUAGACCUUGUUUUUAACUUUUUUAUGAUUAUGAUUAAUGAUCGGGGGCGGAAUUUGGGGUAGGAAGAGGGGACUAUAUUUGGAUUAGAGGAAUAUUUGGGAUAUAAGGGGGCCAUCAUGGAUGGGGGGCAUGAAUAGAGGAUUGUAGACGAUCAGUAUAUGAUCACCCUUGGAUUCUUUUAUUUUUUCUUUUAUUUUUUCUUGGUUUUUUUUUUUUUUUUAAAUGAGCCGAAAUGCAACACACACACACACACACACACACACACACGGCCCACAGGAUCUCAAGCAGGAUGAUGGAGCAUUCAGGUCUCAUCGAGCCAGACAGCAACACCACAAAUGGAGAAAGAAAGGAUUGAUGGAUGGAAGAAUUAAAAGGUGGAUCAGUGUUUUUCUUUUUUUUUUUUUUUUUUAUUUAUCCCAGGGCAUUAUGGGAAGCGUCCAUCUUUUUCACACGCACAGUUGUGCCCGGCUGGUUUCAAAUCCACUACUUGAGUUACUGACACUGUUUGUCAGACAGAUGCAUGUAAUAAGAGGAAAACAAACAGCAAGCAGGCCAUUUUAUGUGACUGCACAAGCUUUUGUUAUAUUUUUUUUUCCUGGCUAGCCAUCCAGGAAGUUUCCUUCCGUAUAGCAUUAUUGAGGAAAGUUUAAAAAAAAAAAAGAUGCAGUUAUCGUAUUAAAAUAUUAAUAAAUGAAAUGUGGCCCAUGUCUGUUGGCUGUUAAUUGCUUUUCCAUAAAGAAAUGUACAAAGAUGUGAUUAUUUUGACCUUAAAUACACAAUCUUUUAGGCUUCUGUUAAUGUGCCUCUGUCCCCAGAUCAUGCAAGUAAUUCAGUAUGCUGUGGGUGCUUUUAUAUCAAGAGCAAAUUAUAUUUCUCAAAUGAGAUUCGGUGCAAAUAAUUUAUUUCAACUGAUGAAAUUACAUGGUACUCAUGUCUCUCUCCUUCACUGCUUCCAACAUUACUGAUCUCCAUCUUUCUUCCUAUAAAAUAUUCUGUACACUCGGUCUUAAAUUUAUUUUACUGUACCCCUGAACAUCACUGUUGUUUUUAAUGGCUAAUUCUUCUGGGAUAUCUUUUCUGAUUGUUUGUUGUUUGGGGCAAAUGAAAUAGCACAGCGCUAAAUUUAACCCCCCUUUUAAAAAUCUGUCCAUGUUUCUGUAACAUACUGAUUUGGCAAAUUUUAUAUAUGGCAUACAUGUCAACCUAUACGGAAUGUCCGUAUUUUAUACGGAUUUGAUUCAAUAAACGUAGUAUACGGGCGUACAAAUAAAGUUAUACGGAUUCUUUAAAAAAACUUCAAUAUUUAUUUAGAGCUAUAAUCAAUUCCUACGAUGAUAAAAGAGCGCAUAACAUUUACAAACGUACUGUACACCACAGACAGCACAAACAGCCAGUAAAGAGUCUUAUGAAAUCGCGCGUUAUCUUGUGGUAGCGAGACUUUGUUCCACUUCUGAUCAUGCGCACACCGCAUUGUGAGAAUCCCGCCAACCGGGAAGUAUUUUGUUUGAAACGCGUAUUUCCACCUGAGCGACUUUCACCAGCGACUGAAAAGAUUCUGAAUGGGCGCUCCGGCAAGAUCAACACAGACACUUGCUGUGACAUGCAGCCUAGUGAGGUAUUGGUGCAGACUGCUAAAGAAGCUGUCAUGGAGUACAAUUCAGAACAUUAGAGUGACACUGUGUGUUUUUGUCGAAUGUUGGAGCUUUGUAUUCAUUCUGAAGGUUUAUUGUUAUUAAUAUUGAAUAAAAAGUAACUUGGAUAUAUCAUUGUUAAGGGUACGCUGACACUUGCACGAUUCCGUGGCACGCAUUGGCACGACUCGAGUCGUGCCAGUGCGCAAACUAGUCGUAAACUGGCGUGAAGUGUGCGUAAACCCGUCGUGACUGCGUGCCAUGUCGGGACGAGAAUUUUGAAAUGUUCAAAAUUUUGGUCACGACAAAAUUUCGCGACCAGGUCGUGAACUAUGUGCAAACUGUUCGUGAUCUCGUCGUGAACUCGUCAGGACGAUGCGGGAGGGUGCGUGGAAGUGCGCGCCAUGCCACGACUGUCACGAACUGCCACGAAUAGUUCACGAACAGCUCACGUCGAGUUCACGAAUUGGUGCGCGUUGCAGCGUGGCUGUGCCUUCCCACUGACACGGUCACGCAUUGAUGGCACGAGCAGUUCACGACUAGUUUACGCACUUCACGAACAGUUUGCGCAUGGCACGAGCAGUUCACGACGAGUUCAUGAGCAGUUCACGACUACUGCGCGACAGUGGCGCUCGCGUCGGUGCGGGGGUAUAUAUAGGGCUUCCCGGACACUUCUCGCCAUUCGCAAUUUUUUUUCUUGCUUUUUUCUUUAAUGUCUUUUAUUUUCUAUUCCUUCAUGACUUCUUUUUUUUGGGGGGGAGUUUCGUUUCUUUUAUUUCAAAAAUGGAACAACUGUGGAUGCAGCUCAUGAAGCUACUACCAUUCUUUCUUGCCAAGGGACAGCACCAGCAGGGGACAUGCAGUAAUGUGACAGGUAGUCUCGCUGAUCCUUUGCAUCCUUCUGGGUAUGAUGGCCGGUUAGAGGCAGCAGCCCCUGCAGGUGUCGGUCAGUCCUCCAUCCACCAGGGAUCAUGUGUGUCCGGAUCUUCGCGGUCCACUUCUGAAAUUGCGUGUGGGUAUCUGAUGAGGAUGAGGUUGUGCAUGACACAGGCGUGCCCAAGUCGGCACGACACCGUCCGAAUUGCACAAACUUGUCGUGCCAAUGCGGGAAGUGCGUAAACUAUGCGCAAACUAUGCGUGAACUCGUCGUGCCAGUUCGUGAAUGUGGACGGGCACGCAUUCGUGAACUCGUUGUGAACUAUGCGUGAACUAGUCGUGAACAGUGCGGGAGCCUCCCAGUUCGUGCCCCAAAAUGGCACGACUUGCCAUGACAAAAUCAUGGCCAAAAGUCGUGCAAGUGUCAGCCUAGGGUAAUUAUCAUUCAAAUUUUAGGUAAAUUAUUUUAAUUUGCAUCUUCUACGGAUUUUAUAAGGGAAAUACGGAUUUUGGAGGUUGGUUAUACAGGUUUGAUUGACCAAAGGUUGACAUGUAUGGUAUGGGUUCAAUUUGUAAAUGUCACUCAAUAAUUAGACUAAGUAGAAGAUGACAAUUUUGGCUACAGAACCAGCUAGCUAGCUAGCUAGUUAACGAGCUAGCUACAUUUGCUAACAUGACUGGUAUAAUUUGGCUACUGUUAAAUGAAUCUUUGAGAGUAUGAAAUGAGAAUAUGAUGUAAAUCAAGUUACUGAAACUAGACCUCACUCUUCUUUCUUUCUUUCUUUCUUUCUUUCUUUCUUUCUUUCUUUCUUUCUUUCUUUUUUACCUGACACAAAUGCAAGUACUUAACUAGCCAGCUAGCUACUUUAGCUAAUAUUAGUGAUCUUUUUCUUUUUUUUUUCAGGUUUGGCUUCUUUUUAAAUAAAUCUGUGAGAAUAUGAGCAUGUAAAUCAAGACUCGGAUACUGAAACUUGAUCUUAUUCAUGUGUCUACCUGAGACAAAUAUGAGCUAGCUGCCUAUGUUACUGAUGUAUUUUGGUGCAUUUGGCUACUGUUAAGCUCAUACUUUUUUGAGUGUGUGAGUGACCAUGUAAAUCAAGACUCAGCCACUGAAACUUGAUCUCACUCUUCUCUACCUGAGGAAAAUGCUAGCUUUCUAGCGAUUAACCAGCUAGCUAACUCUGCUAAUGUUAUUAAUGUGACAGUGUAAAUCAAGAUUGAAACUUGCUAUCACGUGUGUCUACCUGAGGCAAACGCUUGCUAGUUUUCUAGUAUAUAACUAGCUGGCUAGCUACUUUAGAGAAAGUUCCGGACAUAUUUUGACAGGCUAGCCUCCAGUUAUAUCUGUGAGAAGAUGAUCGUGUAAAUCACAACUCCGAUACUGAAAGUUGAUCUCACUGAUCUGUCCGCCUGAGGCAAAUGUUCAGUAGUUUUCUAGCAUUUAACUAGCUAAUUAGCUGGCUAGCUACUUUAGAGAAAGUUCCGGACAUAUUUUGACAGGCUAACCUUACAGUACAGUAAAUCGGGACUCCGAUACUGAAACUUGAUCUCACUGAUGUGUCCAUCUGAGGCAAAUGUUUGCUAGUUUUCUUGCAUUUAACUAGCUGGCUAGCUACUUUAGAGAAAGUGCCAGACAUCUUUUGACAGGCUAACCUUACAGUACAGUACGGUAAAUCAGGACUCAAUACUGAAACUUGAUCUCACUGAUGUCUACCUGAGACAAAUAGAGUAUGAGCUAGUGUUCUAGCAAUCAGCUAGCUAGCGUUGCUAAAAUGUUUGGCGACUGUUAAAUACAUUGUUGGGUAUAUGACAAUGUAAGAGUCAGAUACUGAAACUUGAUCUGACUGUUGUGUCUACCUUGGAGAAAUAUGAAUAUGAGCGAACUUUCUAGCUGUAUUAACUUGCCGUCUAUCUAACUCGGCUAAGGUUACCCAUGUACUUUGGUAGGUUUGGUUCCUGUUACUUUCUUUUUUGAGUAUGACGAUGCAAAUCAGGAUUCAGAUACUGAAACCUGUUCGCACUUGCGUAUCUACCUGAGACAAGGGUGAGCAAAUUUUCUUCGAGUUAACAAGCCAGCUAGGAGGCCAUGAAGGCGAGAGGAUUAGAGAUGUUUGAAGCUAUUUUAGCUGUUUCCUGAGCAUUCAAAACACAUGAAACGUUUUAUUAUUCUACAUAGCUGUUCGGGGUUACUUUAAACGUGUGUACGUGGUGAAGCCGAGCUGAGUUCAGGUAGACCGUUGGAGUGUAUAAAGUCUGAAACGGCUCCGUUAAUUUGGAUAUAGAGUUUUGUUUCCUAUAAUUCCUCAGUUUGCUUUUAAGCCUUUUUUUUUUUUUUUAGUAAUACCUCAGGCUUUGGAUUUUAUUAUGAUUAUUUUUUUAUAAACUGGUCUAGACCCAGCUUUGUCCAGCAACUAACAUAUAUCAACUUGGACCAACAUAGUACCUCAGUGAAGAAGAGCAAGGCUGAGUGGUGCUUCUGCAAAAAUGAGCCUAAUGUAUCAUCAGUUUUAUGGACUAAGUGCUUGGUGUGUGUUGUUUCCAUAUUUUGAAAUGUAUACAGUACCAGUCAAAAGUUUGGACGUGCCUUCGAAUUCAGUGUUUUUUCGUUAUUUUUAUUAAUUAAAAGACACUUCUUCACGUCUUUUUAAAGUAAUGGAUGUCGUUUCUCUUUACUUAGUUGAGCGGUUCUUGACGUAAUAAGGAUUGUUGUUGAAUAGAGCUAUUUGCUGUAUUUUUAUGAUUUACUAUUUACUGUUUGAUCCUAAAUGCAUUAAGAAGGCAAGAAAUUAGAUGACUAAUUAACUUUUGACGAGGCACACCUGUUAAUUGAAUGGUAAAUCCAGGUGACUACCACAUGAAGUUAGGGCAUGACGGUGGCAUAGUGGUUAGCGCAUUCGCCUCACAGCAAGAAGGUUCUGGGUUUGAGCCCAGUGGCCUUUCUGUGCGGAGUUUGCAUGUUCUCCCCGUGUCUGUGUGGGAUUCCUCUGGGUGCUCCAGUUUCCCCCACAGUCCAAAGACAUGCAGGUUAGCCUAAUUGGUGGCUCUAAAUUGACCGUAGGUGUGAAUGUGAGUGUGAAUGGUUGUUUGUCUCUAUGUGUCAGCCCUGUGAUGAUUUGAUGACUUGUCCAGGGUGUACCCCGCCUCUCGCCCAUAGUCAGCUGGGAUAGGCUCCAGCUUGCCUACGACCCUGUACAGGAUAAGCGGAUGGAUGGAUACCUCAUGAAGCUGGUUGAGAUAAUGCCAACAGUGUGUAAAGUAUCAUCAAGGUAAACGCUGGCUACUUUGAAGAAUCUAAAAUAUGAACGACACAAUUCAUAUAUAUAUUCCAGAUGUUAUUUCAUAUUUUUGAUGUCUUCAGUUAGGGAUGUCCCGAUCAGGUUUUUUUGCCCUCCGAUCCGAUACCGAUCAUUUGAUUUUGAGUAUCUGCCGAUACCGAGUCCCGAUCCGAUACUUCUUAUAAUCCAUAAAAAAUAAAGACGAGGAAAGAAACGGAUCCAGGAUGUUCCUCAUUUUUUAUUUAAUACCUUAUUUUAACAUCCAACAACUCCGUUAGCAAAUAGAGUACUUACGUGAGGCAGUUUGAACAAUAAAUAACAAAUUAAAAAAAUAACCUUAAAAUACCUGGCAGGAAUGUAAACAAAUAAAAAAAAUAAAGUGCCACAGUGCCGGUAAUUUGCUUUUAAGAACGCAUCUCACAGUGGUAUACAGUAAUUUCAAUUAAGGAAAUGAACGUUUUUCUUGAUGAAAACAAGCAUUUCUACCCUUUCAGGUUUGAGCCCGUUUCUUUUGUCAUCCAACGAAAAAAAAAGAUCUCAUGCUUUGCUUUCCGCUUCGAACUGCUUCCGUGUUCAACUUUGCCGGCAACAGGCAGCCAAUAACCAAUAGCGUCUCCGCUACAAAGUGAUGUCAUGCCGCACGCGUUGAUGUUGCUGUGUUGAGACAAGAGGUCUGGUCUCACUGUGUGCCAACGCAUAGCUAUUGAUGUGUUAAAAAUGAGAAUAUAUUAUAUAUAGAUAUAUAUCCGAUCCCUGAUCGGGAGGCAAUGCCCGAUUCCGAUCGAGUCUGAAACCAUGUGAUCGGGCCCGAUUUCCGAUCACGUGAUCGGAUCGGAACAUCCCUAUCUUCAGUAUUGUUCUGCAAUGCAGAAAAUGGUCCAAAUCCAGAAAAACCUAUGAGCAAGUAGGGAUGUACAAACUUAUGACUGGUACUGUGUCGAGCCUUGAGCAGCAAAUGGAAUUUAAUUGGUACAGUAUUAAGUUGAUGUAUUGACAUUUCAAAGCAUUAUAUCUUAUCUAGCUCAGUAUGAUUUGUAUGGUUCUAAGAUGCACGGCAUGUUGAGUGUUACUGAGGGCAGGUGGUAAGUGUUUUAAGACUCUGUCUUUGUUGCUUCCCCACUUUGCAGCAUUGAUUCCUGUGUCAGGUGGUUGCUCCAAAAUGUACCUUGCCAUCCUGUAAUAAUGGUACAGGGUUACCAACUGUUCUUUCCUUCUCUCAAUCAUUCCAGUCUUAUGUUUUUCCAGUCAUCCAAUCUCAGUGUAAUUUGUCCGAGGCUUUUACGGGGCAGAAGCUGAUUACAAGGCCUGUCAGGCUGGUAAAGGUGUGUGUUUGUGUGCACUUGUGUGUGAGAGUACACAGACUUUACCUAAUUGCUCUGGAGCGUGCCAGCCUGAGACUGAGCCGCCUCCUGAAUUAUUUACCAGACAUCACUUCUUUUCUUUUUCUUUUUUUUUCCCCCUCCUGCAGGAAUCCUUUAGAAGGCACCUGGCAAAUGUACUUUCAUCUUGUUAUGAUCUUAUUUUGCUCCAUCUCAGUCUGUCACAUCUUCCGAACUCUUUGAGUCUCAGGUUCAGGCUUUAUUCUUCCUCUGACCCACUUUGGGACCUGCUUGAUUCCAUUUACUUGACAGUGACCCCUUGGGCAAACUGGUGCAUUGGUUAAGGAGGUGAACAGUUUUUCAAAAGGAAAGUCUUACAUAAUAUGAACAGCAGUGAUUUAAAAAAAAAAAAAAAGGAAAUUUUAAUAUUAAAAGUGCUACUUCCCUCACUUUGUACGCAGACCGUUGUGAUCACUGCGUUUAUACCUUUGCGACGCUGGUUCCCUGAAUGUCAAGCAACAGUCUGAUGCACACUGACUUACCAAAUCUGUUGAAGUUUUCACCAUGAUGCAUUUGUAUCAAGUGUUUUUAUUCUAGUUACAGUAAUUUGGUUUUAGUGGUGGAACACUUCUGCUAAUGCCCACCAUAACAUUGUGGCUUUGGUAGAAUUUAUAAUUUACCACAAAUGGUGUUUCUAAUGUCUGUUGAUUUGUAGAUAAUUCAUAAUCUUAUGCAAAACAGAUGUGUUGUAGCGAGUACUUAAUCUGACGUGGACAAAUAAGCUACAUGGCUCAGAUUUGUCUACUUUUAACACAUGUACGGUUGAUCUAGUUGCCCUAAUUGAUCAGCAUCACUUAUCAAAUAUGGGAUAUGUUUAUGCCUUUCAUUAUAUGUAUGUAUGUAAAUAUGUUUGAUUGAUUGUUGUAUUCUGAGUACACUAAACAAUAAUAACCUGUUGAGAAAUAAGGCUUUGUGUAAUUGCACACACAUGAUGCAAUUUAUUUAUAUUGUA